AUGGCAUGCGCCGAGGGGUUCUACUGCAUUGCUCAGAGACUCAUCCUGGACGGCGCAGAUGUCAACGACCAAGGUGGAUGGUACGGCAACGCCUUGCAGGCUGCAUGUGCAGAAGGUCAUGAAAGUAUCGCCCAGAUGUUGCUCGGCGACGGUGCCAGAGUCAACGCGGCCGGCGGACACUACAACACCGCACUCCAAGCUGCAUGCGCCGAAGGACAUGGACUCUUGGCACGUAAAGUCCUCGACAAAGGAGCUGACAUCGACACAACUGGCGGGCAUUACGGAAGCGCCCUUCAAGCCGCUUCACUCACAGGACGUCGGGAAAUCGUACAACUUCUGCUGGACAAAAACGCCAAUCCGAAUGCUGGGGGCGGUUCCUACGGCAGCCCGCUCGCAGCUGCAUCAUUUGGAGGACAUGCAGAGAUUGUCGAAACGCUGUUAAAGGCGGGAGCCGAGAUCAAUGUGAAUAGUGGUUCUCGCAGUGCUCUCCAAAUAGCGUGUUGGGAAGGGUAUGGCGAUAUUGCGAAAAUUCUCCUUGAAAAGGGGGCAGACAUCAAUGCCCACCACGAGUUUUAUGGUGAUCCUCUUCAAGCAGCUUCUUAUAGAGGUAGCCUCGAGAUAGUACGGAUGUUGCUCGACAGAGGAGCCGAUGUACAAUCGGCAGCCGGGUGGUUUGGCAACGCCACACACGCUGCCAUGGUGGGCUUCCACGCAGAGAUUAGACAAAUCCUGCUCAGCCAUGCUAUACGAAAUUGA